AUGUUUGACGAACUUCUUGAACGCAUCACCCCCUUCAUAGAAAAAGAAGACACCAACUACAGAAAGGCUCUGGAACCAGGGAUGAAGCUUGUCAUCACACUGCGUCAUCUGGCAACAGGAGAUUCCUAUGCCACCCUGCAAUAUGAAUUCCGGGUAGCCAGAAACACAAUUUGCUUGUUGGUGAAAGAAGUCUGUGAUGCCUUGGUGAUGGAGCUCAAGAAUGAAGUCAUCGUAUGCCCUGUUGACAGAGGCACAUGGCAAGAAGUUGCUGAGGAGUUCCCGAUGCGCUGGAAUGUCCCACAUGCCUGUGGAGCCCUGGAUGGGAAACGUGUUGCCAUCAGAAAGCCUCCCAAAACUGGAACCAUGUACCACAACUACAAAGGCUUCUUUUCAGUCGUCCUAAUGGCCGUGGUAGAUGCUGAUUACAAAUUCAUGUGGAUAGAUGUUGGUGGUUUUGGAAGCCAGUCUGAUGCCCAGAUCUACAACCAGUCAGAACUGAAAGAAUGCUUAGAAGAUGGCUCCAUUGGACUCCCUCCACCUUCCCCUUGCCAAAUGAUGUCCAGGACUUUCCCUAUUUCCUGCUGGGAGAUGACACUUUUGGCCUCCGCACAUACCUCAUGA